CCAUCAAAAUCAACUCUUGGAUAUCCUCCUCCUUUUCGUCAGGAAAAUAAUACUAAUAAUAAUGUUCAAGCACAUUCAAUAAAUAUUAAUAAUAUCCCAAUAAUGUCUCCAUCACGACAAGAACAUUACGAAUUUCAUCAUGAUAAUAGGCAAAAAACAAUAAUGUUUGAGAUUGUUGUUGCUUCUAUGAAUGAAAUGGUUGAACUUUGGAAAAGGAAUGAUCCAAUUUGGGUGGAAUCAUCAAGUGAAGGGAGGUGUUCUAUUCAUCGUGAGAGUUAUGAAAGAACAUUUCCAAAUCCAAAUCGACCUUAUUACCAAUCACCAGCUACUCAAAUUGAAUCAUCAAAGGAUUCUGAAGUUGUGUCAAUGACUGCAAUUGAGUUAAUCCAUAAUUUUCUUGAUCCAGUCAAAUGGAUGAACUUGUUUCCUACUAUAGUCACAAAAGCUAGGACUAUUGAAGUUCUUGAUUCUGGGACUUGGGGAGGCUCUAUACAAUUGAUGUAUGAAAAGUUGCAUAUUUUAUCUCCUCUAGUUGAAGCUAGAGAUUUUUUCUUCAUACGUUGUUGUAGACAACUUGAUCCAACAACAUGGAUCAUGAUGGAUGUUUCAUAUGAUUUAUUCAAUGAGAUUCAAAGCGGUGUACCUUCUUAUUCUUGGAAGUUCCCUUCUGGUUGUGCAAUUCAAGAUAUGGGCAAUGGCCAAAGUAAGGUUACUUGGGUGGAACAUGUUCAAGUAUAUGAAAAAAAUCAAGUACAUCAUAUCUUUAGAGACUUGUUGUGUGAUCGUCAAACAUACGGAGCUAAAAGAUGGAUUGUUACACUUCAAAGGAUGUCUGAGAGAUAUAAUUUUGCUAUGGGUGCAAUAUGCCCUACUAGGCAUGAUUUUAAAGGAGAAGGGCUGAAAAAUACAAUACAAAUAUCUCAAAGGAUGGUGAAGAGCUUUUUUGAAAUCCUAAGCAUGACAGACAACUUAGAUUUUCCAACUUCAUCACGGCUCAACCGCGGAGAUAGGAUUUCAAUAAGAAAAAAUGAAGAAAUUGUCCAACCAAAAGGCUUUAUUGCCACUGCUGCUACUUCUUUGUGGCUUCCUCUUUCAUUCCAAGAUGUCUUCAAUUUCUUCAAAGAUGACAAGACAAGAAGUCAGUGGGAUAUUUUGACCGGUGGAAAUAAUGUGAUUGAGUUAGCUCAAGUACUAACAGGAGUUCAUCCAGGAAACAGUAUUACAAUCAUUCAGCCUUGUAUGCAAAAGGAAAUGUUAGUGCUUCAAGAGACAAGCAUUGAUAGUAUGGGAGCAUUUUUAGUCUAUGCACCCAUAAAGUUACCAACGGUCACUUCAAUUGUCAAUGGAGGUGAUGCAACAAAAGUUCCCAUUUUGCCCUCAGGUAUCAUCAUAAGUCCUGACGGUCGCCUCUCCUCGGAUAGGGACAGUACUGCAAAUGCAGAAAAUGGUUCAAUUUUGACAGUGACUUUUCAAAUAUUGAUUAGUGGUCAUAAUAAUCCAACCUCCCAGAAGCAACAAAUGGAGGUAGUGGCUUCUGUUCAUUGCCUUUUGAGCAGCAUAAUUUUAAAAAUCAAAGCAGCAUUGGGUUGCUCUGAUUUAUGAUUGUUUAAUUUCAUGUUGUUUGUUUGUUUGUUUUGAAAAUUUUAAAACUUAGACAAUUGAUGGUUUCGAAGGAUGAUGCAUUCCCUUCUUUGUGACUUUUGAAAAUCUCAAGACUGUGAGAUAUGUGUUGUUGCAAUUAUCAUUUAUAAUGAUACACUUAUUUGAGACUUCUCA